AUGUUGCGCUCCAUGAGGCUCCUCUGCAUCGCAUGCUUGCUUUGUGGAGCGGCCUCACAAGACCGUGUCCUAACGGACCACCCUGCACACGCCCUCGAGGAAGCCGUGCUGUCCGUGCCUGGUCAGGUGCCACCUGCCUUGAGCGGGGAUGGCCAAAGGAAAAAGCUUCCCACCCGAAAGCAGAAUGCACAAAGAGAAUCAAAGACAUGGCUACUGACUUCAGAGGGUUUGCCUUGCUUCCUUCCCUUCUGGCACCGCGGGCAGAAGCAUUCAGGAUGCCACCCGGAAGGGUGGUGUUGUUUGGACGAGCUGUGUGAGAGGACGGGGACUUGCCGGGGUCUCGAGCAAGCACAUCUACCCUUGCAGCUGCCACGCGACGUGCCAGAAACGGGCUGUCACUUGAAAAGCUUGGGCGGACAUUUCGAGUGGCUACCAGAAGCAGCGGAAGCAUCCCACAAGAACAGUGCCAUCCUGGUGUUCCUUCUGAUGCAGAAAGGCCAGAGCAUGUCCGCUGAUGACAUGCGUUCGCUGCUGGAUGUUUCAGGAGAGCUAGAUGUGGAAAUCGUGUUCAUGAGCUAUGCUGCUCAGUUCGAGGUCAAGGAAGCCAUGGGUACGCUGCAAAGUGGCUUUCGGCAGCUGGCAAACUCAUCCCUGAAGGCACGGCACAUGAUGCAGAACCUGCACUUCGUGAUUGAGCCUGCCGACGCCGUGCCGUACCACGCUUGCUGGCUGUCUUCGGUGAUCCAAGCUUGGUCAAGGGAGAAGGAGGUUUUGGCUUUCCACGCCGAUCAAAGAGAGCUCAUUUCUACAUCGGCCCAAGGUACUCGAGGCGGCUGGGCCGCCACCGUCGACAGGCACGUGGAUAGCGAGCUGCCCUUGCAAUGGGCUGGACUUUUGUGUGAGGGUCCAAGCGAUGAAAGCGAUUGGCCAUGGCCACCAGUUUCGAGCAACCUUCAAGGCUUCGUGGCUUUGGCAGCUCGUGGCGAGUGUUCCUUUUACCAGAAGGUACAGAAAGCACAGGCCCUUGGCGCAACGUCCGUCGUCAUCUUCAGUCAGGAUGACUCUCCCAUUUUCAUGGGCUGUGCGGCACCAGAUCCUUGUGACGAAAGUCUGAAGAUCUCCGCCGUGAUGGUCGGGAAGUCCGUUGGAGAGCAGCUGCUUGAGGCCAUGUUCCCAAGCAACUCCUCCGCUGUGGCGGUGUCCCUACGCUUCGCGUUGAAACGCCAGGGUCCAAGCAUGGUCGCUCUCCUGGGCCAGGGAGGUGGGCUGUGGUACAACUCCUUUCCUGGAUUUGGAAAGUUGAGUGACGAGAUACGAGGAAUGGGCUUCCGCGGGCAUUUGCUCCAGCGCACAAAGAAGCUGGGCGAGCUUGGAAACGACGUGUUGAGGAUCCCAGUUUUGGACAGGAAGAGGAUGCCAGGCUCAAUCACUAGACCGUGGACCCUGGAACAAGCCAAGUUGAUCAGGGAUGGCUCCUAUUCUGAGCUCGACAUAGAGCUUCGCCUAGAAUGUGAAGAUCACUUGGAUGAAAACUGCCCACCAUGGGACCAUGAGUUGAACCUUUUCGUCUGCACACCAGGGCGUUCGCGAGAACCAGCUAAUUGUGGUGCUAGUGAUGACACCAUCGCGAGAUGGAUCACUGCCUACGGCCGCGAAGGCCACUGGCUAACAAGAGCUCCGUCAGCGAUCCCGUUGCUGACUUCAGAGACACAGUCUACACUGCGCCUGGCCACUUGGCAGGAGUACAUCGUCACGCUUGUGUUCUGGUUCCGACGCAGCAAGGAAGAGCUCACUCCUCAGGCACGAAUGCCUCUUUGGUCCGGAGGCGUCUUUGACCUUAGCUACAAUGCUGCCCGACAUCCGGUGUCUUUCAAAGCCCCUGCCCAUGCUAGCAGGAUAGUCCUUACGACCUUGAUUACCGGCCACGGGUGGGGGUACGAUGAGGCCAAUUGCGCGGAGUUCUGCAAUCAUGUUCACCACUUUGAGGUGAACGGCAUCAGCAGUGACCAGCUUGUCAAGGACAACGUAGUGGUGAACAAAGCCGAUGGUUGCCAAGCACAGGUUUCGCACGGGGUCGUCCCUAAUCAGUUUGGCACUUGGCCGUUCGGUCGGGCAGGAUGGUGCCCCGGCAAAGACGUCGAGUGGUGGGAGGUGGACAUCACGCAAUGGAUUCGGGCCGGAGAGGAGAACACGAUUUCUUAUCAAGCAUUUUUCAAUGGCACAGAAUACGAUCCGGUGCCUUCCAACAACAGCCACGAUCUCGGCUUUCCGGCAGAGAUUCACCUAGUCUCUGCUUUGAUGUUCCUCGCAGAGCCUGGAACCGCCGCGACACGGCCCGGUUCCGUGUCUCCGAGCAUAAUUCUCCCAUGA